AUGCCCGUCUACAAAAUCCACGGCUUCCCCUGGCCCCGUGGCGGCAUCCCCAGCAUCCGCGUCUUCAUCGUCCUCGAAAACAUCGACGACGCCUCAGCGGAAUACAUCCAAAACAAACGUACCUCCAACCUCAUCCUAAACGCCAUAAAGAAAAACCACCCAGCCGCGGAAAAACAUCUACCAAACCUGCAGCUCAUAGAGCAAUAUGACCCCCUCGACAUGACGGACGCGGCUGUCAGUCAGCCGCACGCCUUUGUCGCGGAUAGUGUGACUAUAUUACCAGACACCGCUCGACCGGUCCGCGGUUUAAGUAUGGAGAUUGACCAGAAAUUCUUGGAUGAUGCCAUUCCGCCCGAGGCGCGUGAUACACUUGCCGAAAUAAGGGAUGCGAUCGCCCCCGGAGCGAAGAUUGGGUGGUGGAUUGUGUAUAACGGGGAUCCGGAGAGGUAUUAUCCUGGUAUGGAGGAUGAUGACGAGCUCAUCGAGGAUACUGAAGAUGGUGCUGGUGGAAACGAUGGAAUUAGCUUCCACAGUCAGGAGACUGGACCGUCGUCUGUGUCUGGGUCGAUGUCUGUUUCGGUGCCUGAGAUUCCGGCUGAUACUUCGCCGGCACCUGGAUUGAAGAAGAAGAGGUCGUUUUGGCGGCGUAAAUAA